UCCACCAACAAGUCAGAGAUCUACAGUUCUUUUGAAACCAGCCAAGAUUGACAUAUGAAGAGGAUCAUCUUGUUCAUUCAAAAUAACUGCAAAUUACUUUCCAUGUGCUUGGCAACACUGAAACAACAUUAUACAUACUUGUACAAAAUCAGCACCGUGUUCCUCGAGCUUCCAGUAAUUGAUAACUGAGGAAUCUCAAUGAGCCACCCAAUUAUCCACUCCCAUUGUUCUGAUGACCUAGUCAAAAGCUAACGGUGUCGAGAAAAAAAUAUUGCAAUACCUCAUUGAGAAACAUGGCUGGACAAAUAUUGAAGCAUACUUUAAGACUUACAGUGGUUGUCCUUCUUACCUUUGUGUGUAAGGUGGAAGCAAAUGAUUUUUCAGAAACAUUAAAUGCUUUACAGUUCAGCUACAUAGAUGAACCACACCAUCACAAAAGAUACCGACGUGCAGAUUUCACAGAGACGGAGAUUUUGGCUAACAUUAAGAUAGAAGCAACAAACGCCUCUAUGAUCGAAAAGCUUAAGGCUUAUUUGAAGAAAAAUCUAACUACCCUUGACAAUGUGACAUUAAUUGAUUCAAGCAUUUCGACAGUGUGCAACCGAACAACCUCUGGUUACCAUUGCAAAUGUGAGGAUCAGUAUUUCUGGCCUUGUGAUGUGUGUAAAAAUCAUAAAAGCUGUGGCAGCAUCACUAACAACACAUGCAUCUGCGUCACUGAUGCACCAAAUGAUGAACAGUUCUGUCAGCCAAUCAGUCAGAGGAACGAAACUACAAAAUGUCAAUCAAGAAUUUUUAGAAUGUCAGUGGAAAUCAAUGAAACUUUUGAUACAAACCUCACAAAGCCAGACAACGACUACUACAAAGCUAAAGCUAAACAAGUUGAGGCAGCACUUGAUGAACGUUUUAGAAAAUUGCCUAACUACAUUAAAGAUUCUGCAAAAGUCACUGGUUUCAGAUCUGGUAGUAUUAUAGCAGACUACACUAUACAUCUAAUAACAGACAGCCUUACUUUCACCACAGCAGACAUCAAUGAAUCUGGCGGCCCUUUAGCUCUGAAUAAUUUUUUUCAAACUGAACAAAAUAAUCUCUCCAACAGAGCAGAUGUAUAUCCUGAGGAAAAUGUGACGCUUCAGUGUCCACAGACUGUAGAGGGACAGAUAACAUGGAAAGUUCCAGACGGCACAAAAUACUAUCCUGCAAACAACAAUAUGAGUCUUGUUGUAGAAAGUGCUGCUGAGAGUGGCAGAUACUCAUGCAUAAUACAUACUAAUUCAGUACCAUAUGUCCAGUGGGAAGAGAUUAAUAUUAAACAACAACCCCGUAUCAAUGUGAGUGAAAGUGAACAAAAUUUUGUCUGUGAUGGAAGUACCAUUCAACUAAAAUGCUGUGUAAAUGCAAACUACAAUGUUGACUGGUUCUUAAAUGGCAAAAUGAAAGAAACAGGAUUGAAACGACAAGAGGGUUGUAUCACAAUAAAUCAUACAAUCCAGAGUGAAGAUUGUCCAGAAGAAAUCUUUACAUGUAAACUCAAGGGUUUACCACAACUACUUAGUCACAGCUAUAGCAUGAGGAAUGUUACGGUAAGGCCAAAGAAUAACUGUGGAAGUAUACUUGGACAGGACAACUGUGUAGUGGGAGAUAUCAAAGAUCUUGAAACGAAAGCUCAGAGCUUGGAUGUGAAGGCAAUUCCAGAGUUUAUGGAAGCCCUCAGAAAUGCUACAAUGAAGAAUACUGCUUCUAUAACUGGAUCUGCUGCUACUGUCCAAACAAUUGUGAAGAUACUCACCACAAUUGCUGAAAUAUUUAAAAACAAAAACAUAACCGUUAAUGAGCCUGUAAUAGAGAAUUUCCUUACAACGGUGGACAUUAUAAUUUCAAAUGGAACCUCAGGCACAUGGGAAACAUUGAACAACGCCAACGAUACUAAAAGUAACACCAGCAUUGAACUUCUGCAAGCUAUUGAGACUAUUAGUAGCCAUCUCUCAAAUACGGAUUUUAAUAUCACAAUACCAUCCAUUCAGUUAGAAAAUAGAAAUAUAACUGGUUAUUAUCAAUCUUUCAGUGUGAAAUCUCAUCUGAAUAACUCAAGAGCUGAAGUUUUGAUACCUGUUGUUUCUAAUUCAUCUUUCAUAACCAUCCUUAUCCUAACAAACAUUGGCAACAUUCUGCCUACCGAUAAUGCUCCUAAUAAUAACAACAGGACAUCAGAAAAUCACAUAAACGGAGAUGUGAUUGUUGUUCAGGCUAAAUCACCAAUACGCAAUAUUUCUUUAACUUUUGACAUUAAAAAUAAAUCACUGGGGUAUCCUCAGUGUGUCUUCUGGAACUAUAAUCGCAACCAAUGGGAUUCAGAUGGAUGUAAUGUCACAGGAAAUUUUACGUGCGAAUGCAACCACACAACCUCUUUUUCAAUCCUGAUGUCACCGUCUGUUCCUAUUGAUCCUGUACAAAGCACAGCCUUAGCCUAUAUCACAUACAUCGGUGUUGCUAUUUCAAUGGCCAGCUUGAUUCUGUGCCUUAUUAUUGAGAUGAUUGUUUGGAAGUCAAUACGAAGAAAUCACGCAGGAGCCCAGCAUGGUGUUAUUUCAUACUUGCGACACGUCUCAAUAGUCAACAUCGCUGUGUCACUGCUGAUUGCAAACAUCUGUUUCAUCAUUGGAGCUAUAAUCUCAAAUCCAUACGAAAAUCAAGAGAGGCCCAUGCCAGUGGGUCCAUGCAGUCCAGUGGUUUUCUUCAUGCACUUUUUUUAUCUGUCCGUUUUCUUCUGGAUGCUCAUUUCAGCACUUUUGCUCCUUUACAACACAAUCGUUGUCUUUGUUCAAAUGUCAACAACUGCAUUGAUGGUCAUUGCCUUCACAGUUGGUUAUGGUGCACCUUUGCUCAUAGCAGUUAUAACGGUUGCAUCCACAGCUGGAGCUGAAAACUAUGUCUCAAAAAAAAAUGCAUGCUGGCUGAACGGGACUGAAUCUUAUGCCCUGCUGGCAUUUGUGAUUCCAGCUCUGACUAUCGUUUUCAUUAACCUCCUGAUUUUGAUUGUGGUUGUGUGCAAGAUCUUAAGGAGGGGGGCUGGUUUUGCAUCUCAACCAGAUGAGAGACAUACUCUUGUGGUCAUUCUCAGAUGUGUGGCCAUUCUCACUCCUAUCUUUGGUCUAACAUGGGGAUUUGGAAUUGGAACCAUGGUAUCACCUGAAUUUGGUAUACAUGUGGUGUUUGCAAUCCUCAAUUCAUUUCAGGGAUUCUUUGUGUUGGUGUUUGGAAUACUUUUAGACAAAAAGGUCCGGGAAGCAGUUGCAGGAAGGCUGCCGCUGAGUUACCUCAGUUCCAGUCCUACCAGGAGCACUAAUGCAGGAACAUCAUCCUCAAGUGCACCGGGUUUCUUUGGAAGAUGGCGCAGAAAUGUGUACAACAUAACUAAUCCCAGCACAACUCAAUCUGCUAACAGCUCCGGUGCUUCAGAGAAUUUAAUGAAUCCCUAAUUUACUAUGUUAUUAACUACAACCAAUAUCAUUACUCAAAAACAUUUAGUCGGUUAAAUGUAAACUACACUUUCUAUUACUGUUUUUGAGAAACAUUUUUUAAAUUCUGAGAUGAUUAUUGUAAGAUUAGAUGUACACUUUGUUAUUAAGCAUACAAUCAUGUUGUUAGUGGCAAUGAAGCACUUUUAUUUAUUUGCAUUCAUACUUAGCAAUUUAGCAGCAAUAUCAACAACAAUACUAUUGAACUGUUAUUUGGGAAAUAGAAAAACAUUGAACACACAUUGAUAAAUUCUAAUAAAUCUCUGAUAAAAUUCA